GCAGUAGACUAACAUCUUCUGGACCAAUUAGCAUACCAAUAGUCACCAUUCAUUUAUUUGGACCAUUCAUUCUGGAUGGUGUUGAGGAUAGUCAUCGGCAGUGGACUAGGAUCUUCUGGACCAAUUUUACAUACCAGCAGUGAUUAGGCCAAGGUGGUGAUCCACUUCCAUGGAAGAGCAGCAAGAAAGGAGGAACGUUGGAGAGAUAGAACUUGAAGGCGGCCAACCAAGCAGGAACAGUGGCCAAACUAGCCCCGAGCCUAAGGAGCAUAGGAUCGACUUUGAUGAAAUCAGUCCUAGGGUGACAAAUUGGAUUGCGUCGGUCAAAAAUGGAGAAGAAAGGACUCAAUCUCAAACUCAAUGGCCAAGGAUACCAAAGGUUCCUCUGAUCCUGAGGGGGACCCGGGAUUUCAAGAAAUUCUACGAACCGAGGGUAAUUUCAUUCGGUCCUUACCACCAUGGCAAGUCCCACCUUAGCCCAGGGGAAAUGAUCAAGCCUCAAUGUGCCCAAGAAUUCCUGGCUGAUAGUAACCAGAAAAUCGAAGAUUUGUACAAAAAAAUUAAAAGUAAAAUCGAGAAAGUGAGGAACUGCUAUGAUUGGAGUAGUACAAAGGAGUAUGAUGAUGAGAAACUCGCCUGGAUGAUGCUUCUGGAUGGGUGUUUUUUACUACAUUUAAUCCACUGUGUAGUGAGCGGAAAAGAGAGUCAGUUGCGCGGUUUGAAUCGUUUCAUCACUUCUGAGGACCCGGACUUGUUCUUGCUUGAGAACCAACUUCCCUUUGGAGUCCUCAAGUUGAUUUCUAAGAGAGCAAGUUUACCAAUGGAAGAUAUGAUUAAACAAUUCGUCACGAACACCAAAGGGUCGACAUCAGAAAUACAGCUGGAAGGGCACUCUCAUCUCCUCGACCUUUUGCGAAGUGCUCUCCUAGGCAGGUUUAAAAUGAUUGGGAGGAGUCAGCCCGAACAAAAGCAGCAACCUGAGAAAAAAGGAAAGUCGUCGUCGUCGUCUCAAGGUAGAUAUGGGUGGUUCUGUGUCCCAUUUAAAAAAGGCAAACAACAAGACAAUUGGCAGUCCUUUCGACACAUCAGGGAGCUUAAAGCUGCCGCGAUCGAUCUCCAACAGCGUAGAACGAGUUUCUUGACAGACGUUUCUUUCCAUUCCUACUGCUUCUAUGGCUACCUGAAUCUUGCUCCAAUAACCAUUGACGACUCCACGAAGCCCAAAUUCUUGAACAUGGUAGCCUAUGAGAUGUGUCUAGAUGGCCCAGAUGACCAUGGGUUCACUUCUUAUAUAUGCUUCCUUAACAACCUCAUUGAUCAUGCAGACGAUGUCAAGGAGCUGAGAUCUAAGGGCAUUCUCUACAACGGUCUUGGCAGCGAUGAAGAGGUGGUCCAAACUUUCAACGAGAUCUACGCUGACUGGGUAGAUCUCGGUGCUUAUGAAGAAGUGAGAACUAGUAUUCAGAAACACUGCGACGGGAAAGUGAAUACUUGGAUAGCUCAAGCCCUUCACGACCAUUUCAGUUUUCCAUGGAUUAUCACGGAUUUCAUUGGCGCUGUUUUGAUGCUAUUUCUUUAUGGGGUUCAGACCUACUACGCUCUUUGCGGGUGGAAAGCUGAAGCCUUUCACGACUAUCUCAGGUCUCCAUGGAAUUUCAUGGCUUUGAUUGGAACUGUUUUCACACUAAUUCUUACUGGGGUUCAGACUAUACUACGCUCAUUCCGGUAAAUAUAUAAUAUAUUUAUAUGUAGGGUCAAUUAUGAGUGUGAUGUUUUAUUUUCUUGUCCGGUGUGUGAGUAAUUAGGCAAAUAAAGAUGUAUAAAUUGUUAAGUUGUAUUCUGUGAUGUGUUUUUUUUUUUCUUGUUUGACGUGUUUAGGUUUGAGAAAUGGAAGAUUGUAUGAUUAGAUAAAUAAAGAUGUAUAGAUUGUUAAGUUGUAUCACUGGAUUUCAUGCAUGCAUGCAAUAUUAUUAGUCUUUUCCUCUC